CAACAUUGGCCAGCGUUGUCGGCGUGAAACUUUCGUGCUUAUUGCAGCAUUUGCAUGCUGUUUAUUUCGAUUAAUACACUGCUCAAAGUGUCAGUAUGUAUUGGCGCACCUUCCAAUUACCAGUGUCGUUGCGUCUAGCACAAAAUGUUCUGCCGAGAACCGUUCGUAGUGUAUCUACGCCGCGUGUGUUGUGCGCUGCUCACAUUCACACAUCCCGUAGCAGACGCGACGCGCAUCCUCAAGGCAGGGGCCGAUCGUUUGUUCUACAAAACCCGUUCCGUUGGCUCAGCCUAUUCUUCGAUUUCAUGUAUCUCAAGAACCAGUGGGACCCGGACUUCAAUAGGUCUGAGUUUCUUGAAGGAACGAAGCAGGCGAUCUCUACUGUCCUCUCGCUUAUCGCAACCCAACGGCUAGAUGACUUGGCUGGGCUCGUAAAGAGAGAGGCUGUCAACCAAUUCAUCCAGGAAGUUUCACAGGAGUUGGGUUAUGGAAACACACGGCAUCUCAAUGACCCUGAUGAUAUCGUUGCCAUGCCUCAGAAAGUGACACUUCAGUCUAUUGUUGAUCAUAAAUACUGCGACAUUCAAAUGCAAUUCAUUGUGGUGAAAAACCUGGAGAGGGAACAGGUCUCAUCAGACAUGCCUCGUAUCUUGAUGUGCUUUAUUUUUGCCAAGUUUCAUCGCAACUACACUGCAGGAGUCUUGCCUGAAUGGACCAUUACGAAACUGUCGCUGUUGCGAACGUCUUCGAUUUCGUGACAGUGUUGA